AUGGUUUCUUCUGAUAGCCUGGCUGUUGCAGUUCAACUACCGGCCCAAUUUCGGGGACCCUGUUUAUAUUCCGACCACGCUGUUGCAGGAUCGUUGCUGGCCCUCAACGGCUACGUUCACUAUCGCAUCCAGUCGAAUCGGACGGUCACGCGGCGCUGGGCGCUCGCUCUCAGCGUGAUGGACGCGGCGAUGGUUACGGCGGGCAUCGCGAUCUCAUCCAGUGGCUUUCAGAACAGUUUCUUCGUGCUGUACUACCCCGCCCUCGCCAUGUUCGCCGUGGUGUUCACCUCCUUCAGGCUCAGCUUCGCCUGGGCCACGAUGGUUGCCGUCGUGUACGCGGCGUUAAGCCUGGUGAUGGAGCCGGGCGUCGAAUACGAGAUCAAGGAGGAGAAGAUAUUGUUCACCAGGAUCGUCGUCAUGUACGCGGUAGUCGCGGCGGUCAACCUGGUCUCCAGGUUCGAGCGGACCAGGAGGAGAGAGGCAGCGAAGAGGGAAGAGCUGGCGAACGCCCCGAACGACGAGGGCCGCGACGAACUGAUCGCCAAGCUGGAGGCGAUUCAUGCCCUGUCGAAGUCGACUAUGUGGGAGUUGAGGCAUCCCAUCGACGCGGGCCCCAUCUUCGAGGGCAGGGAGUUCGGCCGGGUGCUGAGUUCCCACGCCUCCACGUUCACCACUAUCACGUCUAUCCCCACCGAGGUGGAGCAGUCCGGCAGGGAGCCGCGGCUUUCCACUGUCACACGGGGGUUGCUUUUCUCGAUAGCCCACAACGCCAUGACCAACGCAUUCAGGCACUCGCGCGCCGACAGGGUCGCCAUUGCGCUGAGCUUCGAUGCCGACAGGCUCCGAAUGUCAGUAUCCGACGACGGGAUCGGUCUCCCCGACGACUACGCGGAUCGCGGCCACGGAUUCAGGAACAUGAGAAGGGACGUCGAGCGAAUGGGCGGCAGCCUCGAGGUGGGCCCGGGCGAGUCGGGACGCGGCACAAGCGUAACUUGCGUGGUUCCAUAUGACGCAAAUCGAGGAGGCAAGUAG